AUCAUUCAAGUGUAUAAAACAAACUCAUUUAUAGGUUGCCACCCAGAUUCGAAGUCAGAUUCCAGAGAAACUGAGAAAGAGAUAGAAUCAAAGAACUGGUUUUUCUUAAUCCCAAAAACCCCGAUAAACACCGCGAGAUCACCAAACAUUCUCCUCUCGCACUCGCUUCUCUGCUCACUGAGUUCACCACCGAUUCAUAUUCUCCAUACAUAUAGAAUUGAAAUUGCAUCGAUGAACAACAGCAGGAGUAACAAGAGGCCUAGGAGUCUCGACAAGGCAGUUGUAGAUGUUUGGCAACGGGAACUUGGGUCGCUCUCCACUCGAAGUUUCGCGCACCGUCUCGCCGCUUCGGAGGAUCUUGUACUUAGACUUGAUACCUACAAGAAGCUAGAAAAGCACCGAGGUUGUGUGAACACAGUGAGCUUCAAUGGGGAUGGCGACAUUUUGGUAUCAGGAUCUGAUGACAAGCGAGUUAUACUUUGGGACUGGCAAAGUGGGCAGAUAAAGCUUUCAUUCCAUUCAGGUCAUCUUCGCAAUGUUUUCCAAGCAAAGAUUAUGCCAUACUCAGAUGAUCGAAGCAUUGUCACCUGUGCUGCAGAUGGACAGGUUCGGCAUGCUCAGGUUCUGGAGCGUGGGGUGGAAACUUCUUUGCUAGGAAAACAUGAGGGAAGAGCUCAUAAGUUGGCUAUUGAACCUGGGAGUCCUUAUAUAUUCUAUACUUGUGGUGAAGAUGGAUUGGUCCAGCAUUUUGAUCUGAGAACUGGGGCUGCUACAGAACUCUUCACAUGCCUUCCUACUAAUGAUAGGAGUUUCAUGUCUGUCAUAGGUCUAAAUGCAAUCGCAAUAGACCCAAGGAACCCAAAUCUCUUUGUAGUUGCAGGGUCUGAUGAGUAUACUAGACUGUACGAUAUCCGCAAGUAUAAGUGGAAUGGAUCGUCUGAUUUCGGUUUACCUGCAGAUCACUUCUGCCCUCCUCAUUUGAUUAAUGAUGAUGAAGUUGGAAUUACAGGCUUGGCCUUCUCGGAUCAGAGCGAGCUUCUUGUCUCGUACAGUGAUGAGUUCAUCUAUCUUUUUACUCAGAGUAUGGGAUUAGGACCUAAUCUAGCUCCGUCUUCUACCAAAUCUGUGUGUAGUGAUGCAAGUGAUAUGGGAUCGGCCUCACGAGUGCCUUCCUCACCCAUGGAUGCUGAGGAAAAUCUUAUUCCCCAGGUCUACAAGGGCCAUCGUAAUUGUGAGACAGUGAAGGGUGUGAACUUCUUUGGGCCUGGAUGUGAGUAUGUGGUGAGUGGGUCUGAUUGUGGCCGGAUUUUUAUUUGGAAGAAAAAAGGUGGAGAGCUCAUUCGUGUCAUAGAGGCAGAUAAGGAUGUAGUGAACUGCAUCGAAUCUCAUCCGCAUAGCACAGUGCUUGCUAGUAGCGGAAUUGAGAAUGACAUCAAGAUCUGGACUCCAAAGGCCAUUGAGAGAGCUACUCUUCCUUCGAACAUUGAACAGUUAAGACCAAAGACAAGGGGCUGGAGGUAUCGAAUGGCUUCACCUCAGGAUCUGAUGUUGCAAUUAUUUUCAAUGCAAAGGCGGAGGACCAGCCCAGAUCUCGGGGAGGAAAACUCUUCCACAGGUCGCGAAAUUCUUGAACUUAUGUUGACAUUUAAUGCCAACAGCGAUGUUUCUUCUGAUGAUGGAGGAGAGAACUCUGGCCCUGAGGACUUCUUUGGUUGAGUGCUGAUCCUGCUCCGAGCUUCUUUCCUAUUGAAAAUUGAUAGUGAUUGUACAUAUUAUAGGAUUUGAAAUGAGACUUUUUCUCGGGCCAUUACAAAUUGUAAUUCCCGAUGGGAAUAAUGCCUUUCACUUUUAAGUUGUUUUUCCUUCAUUUUCCUCGUCUUCCUCUGCGAUAUGUGUGAUGUGUUGUGUAUAUAUAUAUAUAUAUAUGAGAACAUUCAAGAGUGA